GCGGGCGGCCGCGGCGGCGUCUACGAGCACCUCGGCGGGGCGCCCCGGCGCCGCAAGCUCUACUGCGCCACCAAGUACCACCUGCAGCUGCACCCGAGCGGCCGCGUCAACGGCAGCCUGGAGAACAGCGCCUACAGUAUCCUGGAGAUGACAGCGGUGGAGGUGGGCAUCGUGGCCAUCAAGGGGCUCUUCUCGGGGCGGUACCUGGCCAUGAACAAGAGGGGGCGGCUCUAUGCUUCGGAGAGCUACAACGCCGAGUGUGAGUUCGUGGAGCGGAUCCACGAGCUGGGCUACAACACGUAUGCCUCACGGCUGUACCGCACGAUGCCCAGCGGCCCGGGGGCGCAGCGUCAGCCCAGCGCCGAGAGACUGUGAUUAUAACGCAGCCUGAGGAGACACUUGCAGU